AUGGCAAAAAAUUCCAUGGAAGGGUCUAAAGAAGACCUGAGCAAAAUUUCAGAAGAGGAGAUGCUGAGGUGGAGCAAGGAAGAGCUGGUGAAAAGACUGAGGAAAGUGGAGAAUGAAAAGAUGAACUUAAUGGUGGAACACGGCAACUUGAUGAAAGACGUGAACCGGCGGCUGCAGCUCCACCUGCACGAGAUCCGCGGGCUGAAGGAGGUGAACCAGAAGUUGCAGGACGACAACCACGAGCUGCGGGAGCUCUGCUGCUUCUUGGACGACGACCGGCAAAAAGGCAAGAAGCUGUCAAGGGACGGGAGACACACGGCCAGCGUGAUGUGGAAGGAGGUGGGCAUGUACCAGCAGAAGCUGAAGGACCUGGAGGCGAGGCAGGAGACCCUCCUGCGGGAGAACGUGGAGCUGAAGGAGAUGGUGCUGAUGCUGGACGAGGACAGCCCCUCCAGCACGGGCAGCGCGGGCACCCCCGCCCACCACCACCAUCACCUCCACCACCACAAGACCGGAGAUAGCAAGGCCGGGGCCAUGCGGAGGUCUAUGGAUGACCUGUCCGCGCCCCUUCACCACCGGAGCAUUCCCAACGGCCUCAACGAUUCGUCUUCCAACUAUAUCAGGCAACUUGAAACAAAAGUGAAACUGCUGGAGGAUGACAACAAACUUCUUUCCCAG